GUGAUCACUUCCAGUGCCAAAAAUAAUGUGGCCCAUUUUGUUGCUGAUCAUUCUAGCACUACUUGGUGUACUUUCGAUCGCCCGUAGGAGUAGCAUUUGGACCGUGUUCAGGAAGGAUGACAUUCAGCGCUUUGGAUCCGUCGUCGGAAUGUUCCGCAACAGCGAUCGGCUGUUCCGGAUCAGCUACGGUCCGGUGAAGCUUCUCGGGACGUGCCAUCCGGACGUGAUUCAGCAGAUUUUGACCAAUCCAGGCUGCGUGGAAAGGCCUUUCUUUUACCGCUUUACGGGGCUCGAGCAGGGACUGUUGAGUGCUAGACAUCAACAGUGGAAGAUCCAACGGAGGGCGUUGAAUCCGACGUUCAACCUGAAGAUCCUCAACAGCUUCAUACCGAUCUUUGAAACGUGUAGUCGUAAGAUGGUGGAAGAGUUGAAGGGGAUGGAGAGUGGAUCCACGGUGAAUAUCCUGCACCACGUUUCAAAGUGUACGCUGGAAAUGGUUUUUGGAACUACGAUUGGGAUGGAUGUACUGCAGAGGGAUGAUACCGAUGAAGUGUUGGGAUACAUUGAGAGAUUGUUCAACUUGGUAUCUAGAAGAAUGCUUAGUGCACAUCUCUACUUUGAUUGGAUUUAUCGAUUUACUAAGGAUUACAGGGAAGACCAAAGACUAAGAAAGAUUUGCAUGGAAAAAGCGAAUGAGAUUAUUAAUCAACAAAAGAAAAACAUAAUGAAUCAGAUAGAUAUUAACGGAAACCUUGAAACCAAUGCUGAAGAUCACUACAACAAACCAGAGAUUUUCAUUGUGAAGUUACUAUCGGAAACUUUUGAUGGGAAGACCUUUAGUGACGAAGAAAUCUUUCACAACGCGUACACCAUUAUUGUAGCGGGCAACGACACUUCCGCACUCACCGUCGCGUCCUGCUGCCUAUUCCUGGCUAUGUACCCCACAAUCCAGGACAAAGUUCACUCGGAAAUCGCCCAGAUCUUCCCAUCGAAACACUCCCCAAUCAACCCUGACGACCUGAAGCAGCUGGUGUACCUCGAGAUGGUAAUCAAGGAAACGCUCCGACUUUGCCCGGUAGCACCAAAUAUUGCCCGGGAAGCGCUUCAGGACGUUCUGGUUGAUGGAACAGUCGUUCCCAAAGGUACCAUCAUGCUGAUGUCCUUUUACGCGCUUCAUCGUCGAAUCGAUAUUUGGGGAGACUCGGCGGAAGAGUUCGACCCGGAGAACUUCGAUCAGGAUCGGGCCAAGUCGCGGCAUUCCUUUGGAUAUCUACCGUUUAGUGGUGGUUCCCGGAACUGCAUCGGUAUGAAACUCGACAAAAAAAUGAACCACCAUCUGACGAACCCACUCUCCGCAGGCUGGCGGUACGCGAUGAUGAGCGUCAAGAUCAUGCUGGUACAUCUGGUGCGCGAGUUCAAGCUUAGCACGAAGCUAACGCGUCAGGACCUGCGAUACCGCUUCGAUAUGACGCUGAAGCUGGCCAUCGAACAUCUGAUCAUCAACGAACGUAGGCAACUUCUUUUGGAAGAUGAAUACAACUCACAAGACGAUUCAGACUCGGAGGAUAUCUGCGAACAAUUGCCGACUAUCAUCGAUCAACUUCUGCGCGAAUCUGUUGAUGGAAAACCGUUUACCAACGCUGAAAUUGCCGACAAUGCCUACACCAUCAUUCUUGGCGGAAACGAACCAACAGCCCUUUCAGUAGCAAACGCCUGCCUAUUUCUAGCCCUCUACCCCCGGGUCCAACAGAAACUUUACUCCGAAAUUGCUCAAAUCAUCCCGGACAAAUCGUGCAACAUCACCCAGCAAACCCUGCAAGACCUCCCCUACCUCGACAUGGUGCUGAAGGAAACACUCCGACUCUGUCCGACAAUCCCGAACAUUGCACGAGAAACCAUCCGAACCGUGUCCAUCGACGGACGGCGGAUCCCAGCGGGCACCAUGUUCCUGAUCUCGUUCUACGCCCUGCAUCGCCGAGCGGAUUUGUGGGGUGACACCGUAACCGACUUCGAUCCGGAACGAUUCCAUCCAGAUUGCGGUUACCAACGACAUACCUUUGGAUAUCUACCGUUCAGUGGGGGAGCGAGGAAUUGUAUUGGUUGGCAGUACGCCCAAAUCAGCGUGAAGAUCGCGUUGAUCCGCUUGGUGCGAGAGUUCAAACUUUCAACCGGGCUAAAACGGCGCGAUCUGCGGUUCAAGUUUGAUCUAACCUUGAAAUUGGCGUUUGAACAUCUGAUUCAGCUCGAUCGACGCGACUAGAUGAAAGUGACAGACCAGUGAAUGGCACCUACUUCCUGGCGAUUAGUAUGCUUAUUGUCUAAGGCGCUGAUUGUAGGCUAUGGCGCUGAUUAGCAUCUCAUGACUGCUUAAUUAGUACUUGCAAUCGCUCUGUAGUUGAGGGCUGAGAUGGUGUCAUUCAGAGAAAUGCUUAUAAUGUGUCCAAGGUUUACUUUUUAUUUAAUUAUACUAGAAUUUAAAGCAAAAUUUGGAGUCAGUCCGAAACACCAGCUGAAUUGAAGAACCAAAUGUCAACUUAAUUUAUUUUGCAUCUAAACAUUUCUUUUACAGAUAAAAUAACAAUAAUAAAAU